CGAAGAUUGAAUUAUGACAUUGACUGCCACUACUAGUACGAAGCCUUUGAAAAGACUUGCGGUCCAUGCAACAACCACAUGCGCUGAACAAGCCUCUGUAUACGGCAAAUGCAUUCUUGCAACUUAUACCGACGUCCGCAAGGACAUCUGCAAAGAAGAAUUUGCUAAAUUUGGGCAGUGUCUUCGUGAAGCAGUAGGCUUUGAAUUUGAACAUUCACUGGUACAAAACUCAUCGGACCUCCUCAGAUGA